AUGAAGGCUUUAAUUUUAGUUGGAGGUUUUGGAACUAGACUUCGUCCAUUGACAUUGUCUGUACCAAAGCCAAUUGUCGAGUUUGCCAACAAGGCUAUGAUUUUACAUCAAAUCGAAGCAUUGUGCAAGAUUGGAGUAAAUGAAGUUGUCCUUGCUGUAAACUAUCGUCCACAAUUAAUGUCUGCCUACUUGGAACCAUACGCUGAAAAGUUGGGUAUUAAAAUUUCAUAUUCACAUGAAACUACACCAUUGGGUACAGCAGGACCAUUGGCAUUGGCAAGAGAUUUGUUAAACGACGGACAACCAUUCUUUGUAUUAAAUAGUGAUAUUAUUUGUGAUUUCCCAUUUGGCGAUUUACUUCAAUACCACAAAGCACACGGUAAAGAGGGAACCAUCAUGGUUACAAAGGUUGAGGAACCUUCCAAAUAUGGUGUAGUAGUAUAUAAAGAGGAAAAUGGUCAAAUUUUAAAGUUUGUCGAAAAACCACAACAAUAUGUUGGUAACAAGAUCAAUGCUGGUAUUUAUAUUUUUAAUCCUUCAAUAUUAGAUAGAAUUCAACCAAAACCAACAUCAAUUGAAAAAGAGAUUUUCCCAGCCAUGGCAAGUGAAGAUCAAUUAUAUUGUAUGCAAUUGGAAGGUUUUUGGAUGGAUGUCGGUCAACCAAAAGACUUUUUAAUGGGUAUGGGAUUAUACCUCAAUUCACUAAAGAACAAGGAACCAGAGAAAUUGGCAAGUGGUCCAGAUAUUAUCGGUCCAGUCAUGAUUGAUCCAUCUGCCAUUAUCAAGCCAGGUUGUUUGAUUGGACCAAACGUCACAAUUGCCCCCAACUGCGUCAUUGAAGAGGGUGCUCGUCUCGUCAACACUACCGUGCUCCAAGGUGCCACUAUUGGCAAAAACUCUUGGAUCAAGUCAUCCAUCAUUGGUUGGGAAUCAACUAUUGGUAAAUGGGUGCGUAUGGAAAAUACUUCAGUCCUCGGAAAGGACGUACACAUUGCCGACGAACUUUACAUCAACGGUGGUAAAAUUCUUCCUCACAAAUCCAUUUCAUCUUCAAUUCCAGAACCAGAAAUUAUUAUGUAA